CCGGCCCGCCCUGCCCUGUCCUCCCUUCCCACCCCCCCGCGGGCCGGGGGAGCCCAGCGGCGCCGAGCGGGGCGCCCCGGGGCGGCUCCGCAGCCAGCGGGAUGUCGUGCGCCGUCCCGGCGGCGGCGGGGGGCAGCGCGCUGCCUCGGAGCGCGGCGGCCGAGGGCAGCCAGCAGAGUCAUGAAGAAGAUGACAGAAAGGUAAGGAGGAGAGAAAAAAAUCGAGUUGCUGCACAGAGGAGCCGGAAGAAGCAAACUCAGAAAGCAGAUAAACUUCACGAGGAAUAUGAGUCUCUUGAGCAAGAAAAUACCUCCCUGAAAAGAGAAAUUGGAAAGCUAACAGAUGAAAUGAAACACUUGAGUGAAGUGUUGAAGGAUCAUGAAAAGAUCUGUCCACUAUUGCACUGCACCAUGAACUUUGUGACCGUACCAAGGCCUGACGCGCUCACCGGCUGCCUGCCAAGAUGAGACCUCUCCUGGAUCACCUUUAAAUGGGAUGUGUGAAAGUGCCAUUAACAGGGGAGACUUGAAGAACUGCCUGCGUAUGGUGCAGGUCUUCCAUCAAUGAGGGCUGGACUUGACCAUGCAGCUCUUCUCCACGUUGAAGUGUUACAGUCUCCUGAAUCUCAGGAAAACACCAGUAUGAGAAAAAGACAACUCGAAUUGCGACUUCUUAUUUGGUAGAAUCUUCGAGCCACGGUUUUGCAUUCAGAAAUGUCAAAGCGCGGUGCAGCCCACCAUCGCGCGAUGGAAUGUAGACAGGGAAAAGUACCGACCUUGGGCUGGGAUGCCUUUCUCCCACACGUCCAGUGCCAGUAACCCUUUGUCACUUGUCAUCCAUAUAGGUCACGUUCUGGCUGCUGUUUUUUUUCUCUAAGCAGGUUUGGUUAAUAAAAGCGAUGUCCCAUCUUUAUGAUGUUCUCCACCUUCUUCAAUAAUCAAUGUCUUUAUAGCAUCUCUGCUCUUUCUUUACUGGUCAAAUCCAAAGUCUAAUGAUAAUCUUCCUGUCAGUUGUUUUAUUAUUUGCUUAUCACCUCUUCAUUGGAUCUUCUUUUGAAGUGUGUGUAAAAAAAUUAGUCUUCCCAGUCUUUAUUUCUUUAAUAUCCCCAGUCAUCAGCCCUGCUGAUAUUAGUUCUUGGAGCGUUUUAUGUCCUAAAAUACGGCUUGGCCAGUUUCUAAUGAUGAUUGUCUGCUCUGUGGGGAAGAAAAGCACAACAGAGUUUGCUGGUUCUACACAUUGUUUUAAAAAGCAGAUUUUAAAAUUUACUGGUUUAAUGCACCCACUGGAAAUUACAAAAAUCUUUAUCCUUCAUCUUGCAUGUUGUUUCUGGUAAAUGAUGUCUGUGGGUAGAACAAAUAUAAUUUAGCUAAGCAUUUUGUUCUAUGUCCGGAGUGAAGAAGUUUGAUAACUACUUGCAAGAAAAACAUGGUUUUCUUUAACUUUUUUUUUUUUUACAAAAAGGAAUAAUUAUGACAACGUUAGUGAGAACUAUACAGAAAAAUGUGUUUACUUUCUCUGAAGAUUCUUAGUAGUGUCAAGCUCUAGAAAUGUGAAUCCUGUAGGCUGGGAUCCAGGAAAGAGUGUUUUUCUUGCAGUAUUUCCCAGUCAAAGAGCAGGUUUGGAUAAUAAAAAGCUCCACCCCUUUGCCAACUCUCUCACUUCAGCAUUUGGAUUUUUUUCAGUUCAGUUCAUGGGAUUAAUGUC